AUGGCAAAAACUGAUAUAGACGAUGCUUUUAGAAUAAUCCCAGUUAAUCCAUCUGACUAUCAUUUAUUAGGUUUUUCUUGGAAGAAUAAGUUUUAUUUCGACAGAUGUCUACCGAUGGGAGCAAGCAGUUCAUGUCAGAUUUUUGAACAGUUAAGUGUAGCCUUGCAGUGGAUUAUGCAGUCAAGGUACAUGGCAGGGGGUAUGUCUCACAUACUAGAUGAUUUUUUCUUUAUUGGCCCAGCUGAUUCUCCUAACUGCGAAAAAGAUCUAACAAACUUCCUCUACUUAUGCAGGAAAAUUGGGGUUCCUAUCAAAAUGUCAAAAACACAAACUCCGACCACAAUUAUUACAAUCUAUGGCAUUGAGAUAGAUUCUACUAGAAUGGAAGCUCGUCUUCCCUUUGACAAAAUUAGGAAAGUAAAGCAAAAGCUUUUAGAUAUGCUGGGAAAAACCCGAACAAAUCUAUGUGAUCUUCAAGCCCUAAUCGGGUUACUGAACUUUGCAUGUUCUGUAAUUGUUCCUGGGCGUGCUUUCUUGAGACGUUUGAUCGAUUUGACCUGUGGUGUAAAACAUCCCAAUGACUUGAUUGAACUCCCUCAUGAAACAAAAGCUGACAUAGAAACAUGGCUAACAUUUCUAGCCACUUUUAAUGGAAAAUCUGUUUUCUUGUCAGAAAAAUGGUUUUCCUCUGACCACCUCACAUUAUACACAGACGCUUCUGGGUCCAUGGGGUUUGCAGCCAUUUUAGACACCCAGUGGUUUGUUUCUCAUUGGCAAGACAAUAUGGGGGAAUAUCAAAUUGCAAUUAAAGAACUUUUCCCAAUAGUUUUGGCCAUUGAAAUUUGGGGCAAAGAGAUGGAAAAUAAAAGGGUACUCUUUAUGUCGGAUAACAUGGCGGUGGUACAAGUUAUAAAUAAGCAAACUGCCAAAGAAAAAAUCCUCAUGAAAUUGAUACGCCGCCUUGUGUUGGCAACCUUAAAAUGGAACAUACACUUUAGGGCAAAACAUAUACCAGGAAAACACAAUGUUGCAGCUGACCGCUUAUCUCGAUUCCAAUUUCAGGCAGCCUUCCAGUUCAUGCCUCAGUUAAAUCGACAGCCAACACACAUUCCACAGGCCUGUUUGAAAAUCUGA